AACAAAAAUGUCAAUGUCAUACUUGCCUGCCGUUGCCAUGUAUUCCUGUCUUCGUAAAUAUUUUAAAUAGGAUUAAUUCUCCUAAUAUUAUCACAAGUCAUAAAAUAUUUAUACAGUUGGCCGUAAAAAUGAGAUGACGUGGAGAAUUAUAAAUUAGCAUUCGAACUUUAUACAUUCCUCUAUUUUAUACAGUACUUAAUUUAUUACAAUAAUGGCCGGUGCUCCGCUUAAGUUAGGUUCUAUGGUAUCGUUCUGUAUCGUGCUGUAUGCCGUGUACUACCGGAACAGGGAUGGUGGCGACGAACGUUUGUCGCCGGUGCACCAACAGCUGUUGGCGCUCGAGCGCGCGAGCGUGGUGGGCGCGGGCGCGCGGCAGCCGCGCGUGGCCCUCGGCUACGGAGCGUGCCACGACCUGUUCGUCAACGCCACGCAGCUGCUAGACGCGCGCCGGCUGCGGCACGCGCCACAACACUACAACGACAUCAGCAAUAAAGACCAGUUCCUUGAGAGCUUCGCUUACUUCUUCAAGCAUGGUGCUGCUGCAGAGAGAUUUGUAUCCAACAGUGAGCUCUAUGAUGACUUGAUUGAGCAAGCAUUGAAAUUGCCUGACUCAAGAUGGGCUCUCGGAGGUAAUGCCCCCCUGAUGGCUAGGAGGUUCCACAUGGAGGGAUGGAAGGUUCUACUUGCUGCUAAAAUGAGCAAGAAACUGAAGACUUACAUUCCUGAGGAAAUCAGUAUAGUCGGUGGUGAAGCAAAUGAAGAGGUGAAAGAUGAUGUACAUAUGAUAUUGGAGUACAAAGCUGAUGAGAAGUUCGGAAGCCUCACAGCGCCCCGGGCCAAUAGAUACAUUGUACACAAUGAUGAGAAUAAUCCUCUGCUGAGUUCCUUGGAGAAAUUUGGAGAGUACAUUCCAGAGUUUAAUCCUAACCUACUAGUCAUUAGUGGUCUUCAAAUGAUGGAUAACUAUCCCUUCAAAAAAGAUGGAAGAGAUUUAAGAGCUGAGAGACUUGAACUAGUCAAGCAACAAAUAGUAUCCCAGCCAGCCAGCACACUGACACACUUUGAGAUGGCAAGUUAUGUUGAUUUGGAGCUUCUCCUGCAUUUGACCACAAAAGUUUUGCCAUUUGUAGACUCUGUGGGCAUGAAUGAGCAAGAGUUAUCCAACCUGUAUAGAGUUUUAGAGUUUGGACAAGUGUCAGUUGUGACAGACUCCAACCCCAGAGUUGCUGCAGCACUGGACCAGAUGCGCAACACUUUCCAACUGAUCAGAAACAAGAACCAACAACAUGGAAGUAAUAGGAGACUGACCAGGAUGCAUGUACACACCUUGGCCUACCAGGCCAUCCUCACCGUCAGGGGCUCCAACUGGAAAAGGACAGCCGCCGCCACUGCCAAGGCUUCUCUCACAGCACACAGAUAUGUAUGCAACAGCCAGAACAUUGCCCUGGAGAAAUCGAAGUUACUUCUUGACGACAGCUUCUCCACCACAACAGACAACGACAACACCAGCAGAGUGUUCUUCGAGCCAACCAAGCCUGUAUCUUGCUGGGAUGAAUUGUUGGAUAAUGAGCAAGUUGAAAUUUGUGUAGCACCAGUGCUGAUAUGCACGGAGGCACAGCUCACUGCGGGAGCAGGGGACAACAUCUCCGCAGCUGGCCUCGUGCUACAGGUGGAGAAGUGAUCUAAGUCAUAAUAACUAAAGUCUUUUCAAAUAGGGUAAAUUUAUUUACAUUUGUUAUUAUUAUUUAUCAUUAUUUAUAUCAAUUUCUGCUAAUCCAAUGCAAAAAAGUUCAGUUUCAAGGUUAUGUUGAAUUAAAAGGUAUGUUUAGCACCUAAUCAUAAUCACCAGUGUUAUUAUUUGACAUGGACGUAUAUUAUUAAUUCCAUUGUUAAUGUAAUUUGUAAUGUAUUUUACCACCUUAGUGCCAUCCCAUGGUACUGAUGGAACAGUACAGGACACAUGGCAGUAAGAAUCAAGUACAAUGUUUAAUGUAGUUUACACAGGAACGGUUGCUGGUUCUCAUUGAUUGCAACCAACUUAUAAUAAAAAUGCUAUUCUUAUGAUAAAUUAUACACUUUGACAUUCUUAUGAAAUUUCAACAUUCCUAUUGUUAACAUUGGCGGCUGAUUUGG